AGUGUCAAUGUCAAACAAAAUGACAAUACGUCAUUUACGGAAUUACUAUCGCUACUCUUAAAAUUACUUUCCAACGAGUUGUAUUCAGUAAACUAUCAGUCUGAAAGUAAACCUCUUACAAUAUGAAGCUGGUAUUGUUAGCUAUUUGUGUUAUCGUGGCUGCAGCCGCGGCUUACGAGAACUCCGACAUUGUUUCGGCAAGAAUUGAGACUUGCAGAGGAUGUUCACUUAAUCGCCUUCCGGAAGUGAAGAGAUUUGUGAUGGAUGACGCUCCUAAGUACGAGCGUAUGGAAGUUAAUUUCAUCACUGGCGCUCCCCCAGAGUUGGUGCUGCUAGGCAAGGAUGACCGUGAGUUGGAGCGGCUCCCUCUGUCGCAGCUUUCUCGGCAAGAAUGCAACGAACUUGUCCAGGAGCGGGGUUUCGUGAAGAAGAAUAAUAAUAAAGAACUGUAAUAAUGUAGUUCUUUGUUGUUAAUGUUAACUGUGGUAUAUUUAAUUUUAAGACAAUAUUUACGUAAUUACGCAUUUACCUAUCUAACAUUCCUACUCAUAUUUACCUAAGAGAUCAAAGUUGUGAAUAUCAAUUUAUUAGGUAUUUUGCCAGUUUAAAGAACUACACAAUUUAUUUCUGUGAUUUGUCACUAAAGAUAACUGCUGAAUCAUGUUAAAAUUUGAUAAUUCCAGUUUAAUCAAACCAAGUCAAACAUAUUUAUUUAGUCUGUUUAUUCAGUUGUAUACAUUCAAUUUCUGUUAUCUGAUACAUAGAUAACACAAUGACAUGUUAUUAAAUCAAAUCCUGUAUUGACUGGGGACAUGGAAUGCUAUCAAUUAAUAUUUAGUUACCAUUAAAUAGACAUUCAUGUGAAACAGAUGUGUUUCCUAAUCAAGAUUAUUUUUUGAUUGUACUUUACCAGACAGAUACGCAGUUCAAAAACAUUUUGAAGUAAACAUUAUAAUGGCCAUAA